AUGAGGAACGUGAACCACUUCCUCAACAAGUUGGGAGUCGAGGCUUCACUAGACAUCAUAGACAACUUUCAGCUCAAAAGAUUACUACGAUGUACUUGGUUCAGUAAGAAUGCGACUCAAUCCGACAUUAAGAAAUCGUACUAUCAGGUUUUAAAAGAUGAAGAAAAGCGCUCCCUAUACGAUCAGGUUGGACAUGAGGCCUUCGAACAUCAAGGUGACAAUGGUUUCCAACCUGGUGGUGGGGCGGGAUUUGAACAUCCAUUUGGGGACUUCUUCAGAAUGGACGAUAUAUUCGGCAACAUGUUUAAUCAGCAACGGCUUGGUGGCGAAGAUGUCAAGUUGGAAUUUUGGAUGCAUCCAUUUUCAGGUGGUGAAGGUGUACCUCCUGGUGUAAAACCUCAAAUCUGCAAACGCUGUAAAGGAUCCGGCACGACUAUGCAGGUGUUUACACAAAAAGGGUUUUUCAGUGUUCAGCACACCUGCAAUCAAUGUGGGGCGCAGGUCAACUGUAUCGAGCUUUUGCAAGUCAUGUCAAGGGCGCAAGGUAAAAAGAGGGUCAAAAUCUAUCAAAUUGGAUAUAGUACCAGGUAUGCUGUUUUCCUUCUGAAUCUUGAAUGAGUUGAUGAUAAUGAAACAAUCAAGGUGCCUAGGAGUGGUGGAGCAGACCUGAUAGAAACCAGCCUGGUCCGUGAAGACCCAGUCUUCCGCAGAGAAGGUGCUAACAUACAUGUAGAUGCUGUUAUGAGUAUUACCCAGGUAAAUGAUACUACUGAUUAUUUUGUUGGGUUUAUGAGAAGGCAAUUUUGGGGGAACAAUCCAGGUCCCGACACUCCUGGAGAUGUCGUUGUUAAGGUUCGUGCAGGCACCCAGCCUGGUCAGAAAGUAGUGCUGAAGAAAAAGGGAAUUAAAGCCCGUGGCUCAUAUUCUUACGGCGAUCAGUUUGUGCACUUCAACGUCAGCAUCCCAACGAGUAUAACACCAAGGCAACGUGAAUUGCUGGAGGAGUUCACCAAAGAAGAACAGGGAGAAUGCAUCAAGCGCGCUGCAGCUGGGCAUCUGGCUAACAGGUGGAACCACAGGUCCAUUAGUCUCUGCUAGAAAAGCCUGGAAUUAGUAAAGGUGUACCGAACACACUGAAUGGGACGGCCGAGCAGCUAGCUGAUGACUCUUCUCCCCUGCCCUAAGUUUUGUAGCAGUCUGUAAUAUACUUUUCUUUGCUAGCAGUCAUUCUUAAAAGUACGUAAAGCAUAAUUACAAGAAAAGAAGCACCAUCUUUGCGUGAAAAACUCCCAUUUUUGUACAUACCAUCAUAAUUGCAAACUGUUUUUGCUCGGUGCAAUUAAGUCUUGAAGCAAAGAAUGAUGAUUUGGACA